UGGAGGGGGAUACGAGAGAGCGGGAAAUACGACGCUGAGGAAUACAGGGAGACAUCCCGGGACAAGUUUGCCGAGGGAGUAACAUUGCCAGAGAAUCAGCAUGUCUAUCUCCGUGCCGCAGAAUGGAGUUCUGGAGGACAAAGACAACCUGAUUGAACUCUUUGUCAAGGCUGGCAGUGAUGGGGAAAGCAUUGGAAACUGCCCGUUCUCACAGAGACUUUUUAUGAUCUUGUGGCUCAAAGGAGUGGUGUUCAAUGUCACAACUGUUGAUUUAAAGAGAAAACCAGCAGACCUGCAAAACCUUGCUCCAGGAACGCAUCCUCCCUUUAUAACCUACAACCAUGAAGUCAAGACUGAUGUAAACAAGAUAGAAGAGUUUCUGGAAGAGGUGCUAUGCCCUCCCAAGUACCGCAAGUUAGCAGCUAAACACCCAGAAUCCAACACUGCUGGCAUGGAUAUCUUUGCUAAGUUUUCAGCAUAUAUUAAGAAUUCCAAACCAGAUGCCAACGAAGCUUUGGAAAGAGGACUUCUAAAAACUUUGCAAAAGCUUGAUGACUACCUAAAUUCACCACAGCCUGAUGAAAUUGAUGAGAACAGUAUGGAGGACGUUACAGUCUCUAGCCGAAAAUUCUUAGAUGGUGAGGAAAUGACCUUGGCUGACUGCAACCUCUUGCCAAAGCUUCACAUAGUCAAGGUGGUAACCAAAAAGUACAGAAACUUUGACAUCCCAAAAUCCAUGACUGGGAUCUGGAGAUACCUGAUGAAUGCAUACAGCAGAGACGAAUUCACCAACACCUGUCCAGAGGAUAGAGAGAUAGAAAUUGCAUAUGCAGAUGUAGCCAAAAGGCUCACCAAGUGAACUGUAGUUUAAAAACCAGACGAGGCCUUAACAUACAACAGAUACUUGUAGGGCAGAGUUCCAAUUUUUUUUCUCGUCAUCACAAAAAUGUAUUUAGUUUUUGUUUUAAGUUUAACCCAGUACAAAAAGAGGCACACAUUACCCAUCAUGCUCUCAUCUAAAGUUAUUGUUUUGGAUUUUAUUUAUUGGGUCACAUGAGUAAACAUAGUUGCUGUGUACAGUGUUAGAAUUAUCUUUAAAAAAAAAUCACUUCACAUAAACCAUAGAUGACUUGAUAAGGGUUCAAUGUUUCCUUCUAUUCAUUUUGUUCCCUUUAAAUUUUUGUUUCCGUCCAUCAGGGUGAGAUACUGUGCCAUAAGUUUACUUUUUACUGCCAACGGUUUUACCUGAUGUGCCAUUUUCUUUAUAGCUGCAGACAUUUUUAUAUGGUACAUAAUUGAAGAAAUUAGCCUAUUAAUAGCAAAUCAUUAAUUUACCUUUACCCAUCAUUUCCAUUUAUGGUGAUGGC